CCCUUCACAAAAAACCCAAGUGCAAUUAGCAGUGUAACCUUCCAAGGAACCCUAAGUCAUGGGUUCUAAAUUUGCAGCCAUGCUUUUCAUCUUCAUGAUCUUCAUGGCAAUAUCCUUGCCACCCAUUUAUGCUUGCACUCCUUGCACUCAACCACAUCCACCAUCAUACCCUCACCCUCCAACCCGCCCUAUAGUUCCUCACCCAAAACCACCAACCACGAAGCAUCCACCGCAUCAUGGAGGCCACUCACCUUCCAAGAAACCACCAUUGCCACCAGUAGUACUACCACCAAUUAUAAUAAAUCCCCCGCCAGUUAUAACACCUCCAGUAAUAGCACCACCUAUAACAAACCCUCCUGUGAUAACACCACCACCUUCUUCAAGCUACCCUCCAUAUCCACCUGGUUCUGGUGGUCCUCCAUUUGGCGGAGGUGGUGGUGGAGGAGGAGGAGGAGGAGGUGGUGGUGGAGGUGGAGGUGGCGGGGGUGGCAGCAUUCCAGGGGUUAAUCCUCCUCCAACAACCCAACCAACUUGUCCAAUCAAUGCAUUAAAACUAGGGGCUUGCGUUGAUGUGCUAGGAGGCUUGGUGCAUGUUGGAUUAGGGAACCCAGUUGAGAAUGUUUGCUGUCCUGUGCUUAAAGGAUUGCUAGAGCUUGAAGCAGCUAUUUGUCUUUGCACUAGUAUAAGACUUAAGCUCCUUAACCUCACCAUUUUCAUUCCUCUAGCUCUUCAAGUGCUGAUAACUUGCGGACAGACCCCCCCUCCUGGUUUUGUAUGCCCACCUCUGUGAAAUUAUUGUAGUUGGUCAUUAUAAAAUAAGGUCAUUUCAGGAUUGUGCGGUAAAAUGGUCCUGAAUUGUUCUGUGUUUAGGUUUCUGCAUGUUAGUCUUGUGAACUAGAUCUAGGGUUUGGUUCUUCUCCGUGUUUGAAUAUUUUUAAUUACGUGUAAUUUAUUGACCAUGGAAGCUCUCUCUACCAAACAUAAACAUGCAGUCUAUGUUUAUGCAUGCACGUAUAUGCAUGGGUAGAACAAAAAAAUUGGUCAUCUCGUAAAUGUAGACUUCGUUUUCCCAGCAUAAUUCAAUGACUUCUUUUAUUA